AGUGAGCGCCCAGACGCGUGCGGGCCGGGACGGAGGCGGAGACGGAGAGCUGCCGGGCGCUGCGGUGCGGGGCCGACAUGCGUGAGCCCCCGCCCUCCCCUCGUUGCGCCUUUGGGAAGCGCUGGGGAAUAGGAGCGCGGUGACCUCCAGGCGCUGCAUCCUCCAGGGAUGGAGCAGUUUGUCCGCAAGCGUUUGACCUUCUUGACAUCCUUCUGGAACAAGCUUUGGCCCCGCUCCGGCCCGGAGAGCUGCUCGUUGGGGUACUUUGGUUCCGAUUCUGUUUCGCUGCACUCGGAGCCCAGCUGCGUUUCCUUCAUCCCAAAGUCCUCUCUCUUUAUCGCUUUAUACGCUUUCACAGCCCGCAGUGCAGAUGAACUGAGCGUAAAUGCAGGGGACAAACUGCGUGUCCUCAGAGAAGAAGGGGACUAUGUCUUAGCCAGGAGGCUGCUGGGGGAACCGGCCACGGGCUACGUCCCUGCUGCGUACGUGGCCAACCUCAGCCAGGGCACCUCUGCUCACCGGCCGUGGUAUUUCAGCAAGAUCAGCCGCAGUGAGGCCGAGCAGCUGCUCCUCUCGCCUCCCAACCAGCAUGGCUCCUUCCUUGUCCGGGACAGCGAGAGCAGCAGGGGCGAGUACUCUCUCUCAGUGCGCAACCACACCAAAGUCAGCCAUUUCCGCAUCUGCAAGAGCCCCGCGGGCAGCCUGUACAUCCAGAGGGGUCACCCCUUCCCCGACAUGGAGGAGCUGCUCGCCUUCUACACCGAGAACUGGAAGGUCAUCCAGAGCCCCCUGCUGCAGCCCUGCAUCCCCACAGGAUGCGUGACACAGGGGCAUGGCCGAUGCCCCCUGCCCUGCUCGGGACCAACAGCUGGCACAGGCUGUCCCAGUGGGUCCGAGCGUGCCAUGCCCCUUCUGCAGACCCCCCCGGAGAGGGACGGCUGGGAGCGCCCGCGCUGGGAGUUCACCCUGCGGAGGAAGCUAGGCGAGGGCUACUUUGGAGAAGUGUGGGAAGGACUGUGGAGGAACACGGUGCCCGUGGCCAUCAAGAUCAUCAAAGCUGACAUGAAGGCAGAAGACUUCACCAAGGAGAUUCAGAACCUGAAGCGCUUGAGGCAUGAGAAGCUGAUCCAACUGCACGCUGUCUGCUCGCUGGAUGAGCCUGUGUACAUCAUCACUGAGCUCAUGCGGAAAGGCAACCUGCACAGCUACCUCAACAGUCCUGAAGGGAAGUCCCUGGGCACCUCCCACCUGCUCAACAUCGCCUGCCAGGUGGCGGAUGGGAUGAGGUACCUGGAGGAGAAGCACAUCGUCCACCGGGACUUGGCGGCCAGAAACAUCCUGGUGGGAGAGGAGCUCACCUGCAAAAUCGCUGACUUUGGACUGGCCCGGCUUCUCAAGGAUGACAUUUAUUCCACCAGCAGCAGCACCAAAAUCCCUGUGAAAUGGACAGCCCCUGAGGCAGCCAACUACCGCACCUACUCCCUCAAAUCCGAUGUCUGGUCCUAUGGCAUUCUGCUCUAUGAAGUCUUCACAUACGGGCAGAUCCCAUACGAAGGAAUGACAAACCAAGAAACCAUACGACAGAUCACCAGGGGCUACCGCCUUCCCCGGCCCAGCUCCUGCCCUCCCGAGAUUUACAGCAUCAUGCUGGAAUGCUGGAGUGGCAACACGGAGGAGCGGCCCACCUUCCUGGCACUGCGGGAGAAGCUGGGCUUCAUCUACAGGCGGCUGCUCAACACUCUGUCCUGAGGGACCUUCCCACCCUUCCUGCAAAACUCCCUUUGGGCCAGCUCUUGCCAAAUGGCUCCUUCCUUACGGUUGCCCUCCCAUAGGACUCGAAGGAAAGCAUGCGUCCCAUCCCAACCCUUCCCUGCCCCCCCAAAAAAACCAACCCCAAAACAACCCAUGGACCCUCUUGGUGAGGAUGCAGGGAGGUGGCCAAGGGAAAAGGCAAUGAAGUGUGGAGUAUUCGUUACUGGAGCUUGGCUGUGCAGCAGUCUUAGAAAGCCCCGUGGUAGUGAAGACAUCACCCAGUUCACAGCUCCAUUCAGCCAGUAGGGUGGGAGGUUCCUGCCAUCCCCACACCAACAUGAAGGUUUGCAGUUUGUUUUCAGUUGUGGCUCUGCUUGGUUUUCUUGUAGUGUGUGUGCGGUGUCCUUGUCAAUAAAUGCGUGUGCCUCCA